AUGUCCGCAGCCAAACGAUUCUUCUCCUCGCCGCGGUUCGCAGUCGCUGGCGCCAGCAAUGAUGCGAGCAAGUUCGGUUAUCGACUCCUGGCGUGGUAUCAUCAACACUCGCUGCCUGUGACGCCCAUCAACCCGCGCGCAUCCGAGAUCGCGUUGCCCUCCAAGACGUACAGCACAGUUGCUUCACCGCGAGAUCUGCCGUCGCCAUCGCAGACGUCGCUGUCCGUCGUCACUCCUCCGGCCGUGACGCUGAAGGUGCUGGAGGAGGCUCAGGCGGUCGGGGUGCCAGCUGUCUGGUUGCAACCGGGAACAUUCGACGAUGCUGUGCUGGCAUACGCUCACAAGCACUUUGAGACGGUCAUCGCUGGCGAUGGAGGACGAGGCUACGAAGGCUGGUGUGUGCUUGUCGACGGAGAAGACGGCCUGGAGGAGGCGGGCGUGAACUGGGCCAGUAGAGAAAUCAAUGUCGGCCACUACGGCUCAGGCGACGACACGUCGUGUAGCCUCAUCUUCAUCACACUGCGCCUUCAACACUAUAUUCCGGGACUGUCGAGCACCAAGACGAUGAGGAGCAGCUCAACCAUGCCCGAUAUUCCCGGAUCUUUCUUCGUUGAUACGCCUGUCGGUCCCAAGCUCGACCUUGCCGGCGCGCAUUCCCAGCUUUUCCAGACACCAAUCUCGCCAUCCGCUUCUUCAUCGCUGUAUCGUUCCAUCUCCAACAGUCGAAAACGUCAGCGAUGCUCCUAUGUCGAGACGCAAGUCUCACGCGAAUCGCGAUCACUAUGGGACUCGCAGUCCGAGCUGGUGAGCCCGGCGCCGCUGGUCAGCACCGAUUACUAUCUAGCUGGGGGCGGAGAACCGAAGGAAACAAUAUUCGAGAAACAUGAGACCGCAGCGGAGCUGGACUACCGCCCAAAUCGAUAUCGAGACCAUACUCUGUCUCCUGAUGGGAACGUCGCGUCCUUGCCGAGUGCUGAUGGCACGAAUCGAAAACGCGAGCGCUCGUCGUCCCCUUCUGCAAGCCCCAAGGCUUCUUCUACCGGCUGGGGACGAGCAGUCUUCAGUAUGGUUGGAGGUGUUGCUGGGAAGGUGUGGGAUUUCUGCUGGUCAGGCGCUUUUCGAGGAUUCUACGCUGGAGGGGGCCAGGGAUACAAAAUGACGGUCACGACUACCCCCGAGCCCGAACAGAGCACCUGGCAGACGGUGUCCCACCCAGACGACGUUUUCGCAAGCGAAACGCGGGUUGAGACGCCCCUUCCGGGGCAAUUCCCUGAUGAUCGGGUCCAGGAGCAUAACCCAGAUCCUGACAUCGUGCCAGGAAAUUGGGUGCUCGUCCCUGAGGAGCCCAUGUCGCGCGAGACCAGCCCAAUUCAUUCAGCGCGCAAAGUGCCUCGCAAAAACGCAACAUUGCGACGACCCGCCGUGAUGCCACGCUUUAACAAGAGGCAGAUCCUGUCUCCUGGCAGACCAAGCACCUCUCACAGCACCCCAACGAAGACUCCCACGAAGCCACGAGGCAGUCCAGCCGCCCUCGAUGCGCAACGCUACGCGGCCAAGGUACGGCGGCAAGAGCUAGAGGAAGAUGCCAGCAUCCGACGUCUAAACAAGCAGUUGAAGGCAAUGAUCAAGGAGGGUAAGGAGGCGCUGGGGACACGCAUCGAGAUCGAAGAUGAUCUCGAUUUGGAUGAUAAUUGA